AUCGCCCUGCCAAUGGUGUAGUACAAGUCAACGUUGCCUUGCCGUGCUUUGAAGGUGCCCUCUCCAACGAUCAUCUUCCAAAGCACACAAAAAAAAAAAAAAAAAACGGAGAAAGGGAGAGAUAGAAGCAAAGAAAUGUCUAUGAUGGCGACGAAUUCGGUCAAGAACCCGAUUCUUCCGAUUUCGGAUCCUCCGAUGGACGAGGAAGAACAAAAACAAAGGCUUCUCAAAAGAGGAGACGACAAGAUUUUCAAAGGAUCCGCCAUGACCAAAAGAGGAGCCUACGCUGCCAUCUCUUACAUGUCUUGCGCUGUGCUUUUGAUACUCUUCAAUAAAGCAGCUUUAUCUUCUUAUAGUUUCCCGUGUGCCAAUGUAAUUACACUCUUUCAGAUGAUAAGUUCGUGUUCUUUUCUCUAUGCACUGAGACGUUGGAAGAUUAUAUCUUUCGCAAACAAUGAAUCUUUCGCCAUUUCUGAUAGCAACACGAGUUUGGUUCCCUUGAAGACAUUGAUUCAUACCCUUCCUCUUGCAGGAACCUAUUUGCUUUACAUGCUAGUCACAGUGGAGUCUGUUCGUGGAGUAAAUGUUCCCAUGUACACUACGCUUAGGCGAACUACUGUUGUAUUUACAAUGAUUAUGGAGUUUCUUCUUGCAGGACAGAAGUAUACAUCAUCGGUACUUGGAAGUGUUGGGUUGAUUGUUCUUGGCGCUUUUGUUGCGGGAGCUCGGGACUUGUCAUUUGACUUUUAUGGGUACUCUGUUGUUUUCUUAGCUAACAUCACCACAGCAAUAUAUCUUGCAACCAUAGCCCGCAUUGGGAAAUCUAGUGGGCUUAAUAGCUUUGGGCUUAUGUGGUGUAAUGGUAUAAUAUGUGGCCCGGUUUUGUUGUUGUGGACAUUUCUCCAUGGCGAUUUGAGUAGAACAAUGAAUUUUCCUCACCUCUUUGCACCUGGAUUCAUGGCUGUGUUGAUUCUUUCCUGUACACUCGCUUUCUUCUUGAAUUACACUAUAUUCUUGAACACAACUCUCAAUUCAGCAGUCACACAAACCAUUUGUGGCAAUCUGAAGGAUCUUUUUACAAUUGGACUUGGCUGGAUACUUUUUGGUGGGCUUCCCUUUGAUCUUCUGAAUGUUAUCGGGCAACUGCUGGGGUUUUUUGGUUCUGGUUUGUAUGCCUACUGCAAGCUUGUCGGAAAAUGAGCGGACAGGCUAAGAAAUAAGUAAUGUCUAAUUGUAGUUUACUAAUGGCUACUUUAUUUUUGCCCCCUUGUCUGAUUCGAUCGUUGAGCUGUUGCAAGAAAGAUACCAUUCUAAAAAAAAAGGAGAUUUAUGCACAGUGAGAAGUUGCUGAUCUAAAAAUUUACAUGAAAUUGAGGUCCGGUUGCAACUAGAGCCAAUGCAGUUGAUUAUAUAAAGCUCUUCUCACCCUUUUUGACUCUUCUUUUUUCCUCCCUCCUGGGGUUCAUAGGGACCAUUUUUUGGUGAAAAUGUGUAAAAUCUGUUCUAGGGAUCAUUUUUAUUUUCUUUGGUUUUAUGACAAAUUUCUGACAAUGUACUGUAGGUGGCUUUCCAUGUUUUC